AGUGCUGCUUGCCAUUUCUGUGGAGACAAUUUGGCCUUUGAACAGAAGGCUGGCGUGUUUUGAACAAUAUAAAUUAGCGUGUUUUGAAUGAAUGGUACAAGUUAGAGGGCAACAGGCAAGUGUCCCGUGCGUGCAGUCGGCUCAACAUGCAUUUUGCUCCAGACUGCUUCCUGCAGGGGAAUUCAGGAGCCAUAUUUUGGGAAGACCUCACUCUUUUCUUUCCCCUGAGGAAGUGCUAACUGUUUCUACCAGAAUGAUUAGAACAACGCUGACCAGGGCAGUCUCCAAUGUCCCAGCUGACAGCCACCCCAGCCAGUGCGCUUUCUGAUGAGCCCGUGCACAUCCGAGCCACAGGCCUGCCUCCGUUGCAGCUGGUGACCCUCGCGGCAUCUCUGAAGGACGAGAAGGGACACCCGUACCGGUCCAAAGCCUUCUACAGGGCUGACGAGGCUGGUGAGCUGGACCUGAAGGAGGCUCCUGCAGUUGGAGGCGACUAUGUGGGGGUCCAUCCCAUGGGCCUCUUCUGGUCGAUGAAGCCUGACAGGCCUUUUGGGAGGCUGCUUAAGAGGGAUGUGAACAGCCCCUUUUUGGUCACUCUGGACUUAUACGACUCAGUUUGCUCCCACGAUUCAGCCACGGCUCAGCCCCGGGCCAGCCAGGUGGUGCAGCGCUGGUUCAGCAGCCCCGGGACGCAGCGGGUGCCCAUCCGAGAAGGCCGCGUGCGGGGAGCCCUUUUCCUCCCUCCAGGGGAAGGCCCUUUCCCAGGAAUCGUGGAUUUGUUUGGGGGCAUAGGGGGUCUAAUUGAAUUCCGAGCCAGCCUGCUGGCUGCCCAUGGCUUUGCAGUCCUGGCAUUAGCAUACUUUGCCUAUGAAGACCUGCCCAAGCACAUGCAGGAGUUGGACCUGGAAUAUUUUGAGGAAGCUGCCAACUUGCUACUAGCUCAUCCCAAGAUCCGAGGGCCAGGCAUCGGAGUGCUUUCCGUGAGCAAAGGUGCAGAGAUCGGGCUGGCCAUGGCCUGCUUCCUGAAGCAGGUGGUUGCCACAGUCUGCAUCAAUGGGCCUACUGCCCUCUAUGACUUUCCGUUCAGGUACAGGGGUCUGGUUAUGUCACCCAUUCCCUCGUUUCUGGAGCGUAUGCAGGUGCACGUCUCAGGGGCUGUGAGCCUCCUCCACUACAGGGGGGACCCCAGGGAGAAGCUGAAUCAGCGGAGUGUGUUUCCUAUUGAAAAUGCCCAGGGUCAGAUCCUCUUCAUUAUAGGAGAGGAUGACCAAUCGGUCAAUAGCAAAGAAUAUGCUAAGCAGGCCCUGGAGCAGCUGAAGAGCCAUGGGAGAAGCAAUGGAAGGAUGCUGCUGUACCCAGGGGCAGGCCACCUUCUAGAGCCGCCCUAUGCACCCCUGUGCUAUGCAUCCCGUAUUUACUCCGUUUCUGCCCCCCUUAAUAACCCUAUUUCCCUUUCCUAUAAUUACUCCUUUUCUCAACCCCUGCUCUGGGGAGGGGACCCCGCUGCGCAUGCUGCAGCGCAGGAGCACGCCUGGGGAGAGAUCCAGAAAUUCUUCAGGCAACACCUCACUCAAACCAGAAGUGAGCUCUGAGAAAGCGCUGAGGCUGAGAUGGAGGAGGAUAAGGCAGGGAUGUGGUGAGGAGAGGGGCCCUUCUGAUUUCUCUAUAUUCACAAUCAUCUUGAAUGAACUGCAAGGAAACUGGAUGAAAUCAAAGGACCAGGGCAUAGGUGCCUCUGAAGUAUGUAUGACAAAUUUGUAUGUACUUCGAAUUUUUGUAAAUUGAAUAUUAGUUUAUAUGUACCAGGAAAUGUUGCUAUUUCAAUGCAAACUGAAUCUUUUGUACCCCUGUUAGGGAUGUCUUGCGUCCAGGUAUUGCCACCACCUCAACUUUCCUAUCAAAAUUGGCAUCUCUAAAAAUGAUCAAUUUGAUGUUAUGUGUUUCAUGAUGAGAUGUAAGGUAGAGUGCCCAGAACUACCUCUAACAACACUGCUGAAUUUGAACUUAAUCAAGCCUGUAGAUCAAAUGUCUAAUUACUGUGGUGGCUAGAGAACAAAUUAAAUGGCACUUACAAAAACAGUCAAACAAAUCCAGAUUGUGGGUCAUUCCAUGACGUGGUCUCUUUACACGUUGAUUACCAACUGACCUGGUUUCUUCACAACUUCGUUGCAUGAAAAAUUUGCAAUGGAGGGAUCAGACUGUCAUCUGAACUCUUCAUAUAGAAUUUGAUGUUAACAAUUAUUUUCCCUCAGUGCUCUGGUCUUUUUAUUUUGGCAAGUGUAAUGCUUGCUAUAGAUUUCCAGUUGAUACUUUAUUUAUUUAUUUAUUUAUUUAUUUUUUAGAAUAGGAUGCUUCUUUUUAUUCCCAAAAUAUAUUUCUUAUUACAAUUUCAAUCAGGAAUGGGAUUGAAUUUAAUCAAGUGACUUUGCUAUUUCUUUACAUGCUAUCUCCUUUUCCUCUUAGUUUGACUCACCAAAUACUUGUCUAUUCUAAUGAUCUUUUCUAAGAAUAGCUUUUGGUUUGGUUAUCAGUCAAAUCUGGUUCAUCAAUUUCUGUUUCUUUAAAAUAAAUGCAUCCCCAAUGAGAAGUCUGAUUAUUACGCCUUUGUGGGUUUUUUCCUUCUUUCUUUGAAAGCUUUUUACAAUUUUCUGUUUGUUCUUAGUGUUCUUUGAGUCCAUCAAAAUGUGGCCAGGAGUGGGCCUAUUAUUUCUGUUUUAUUUUGCUUGAUAGUCUAUGGGCCAAAAAUUAUCCCAUGUUCAUGCCUAAAACAAUCACAGGCACGGGAAAUGAGACCGCCAUAACAUCUUAGACAAUCAAGAUUUACUACCCAUGGGUAUGGAGAGAGCCAAGCAUCCAUUGAAGAACAUGUCCAUUUGGUGGACAGUGAACAAAAAUGAGAUCCAUUACUAACAAGGGCUAUUGAAUUGCCCAACAGCAUGGUUUGCCCCACCUGCUUUUCCUUAAUAAUCUUCAUAACAAAUGAAAGCUGUGGGGAGUGUUCUUCUGGUGAAACCACAUUUCAAGUGUUUUCUGUAACCUAUGGACAAAGAUUACUCCUGAACUGUCUUGUCCAGACAUUUUGAUUCUCCAAGCUAUUCCCUCCUUCCAUGUAUCCUUUGCCUGCCUGCAGAAGUCCCUUUGGUUUAAAUUCAUAUGUGGAAGACUUGUUAUUUUCCUAUUUAAGUACAUAUGUGAGUCCCAGUGAUUUUUACCCUAUCAGAUUCCCUUUCUAUGGUGGUUAGACAAAAGACAACAGUUUAUGUGCCUCUUAAUACACAAGUAAUUCUAGACCUGUCAGCCCUAAACAGUCUCUGGAUUUUCUUUAUCUCUGAGGCUUGCCACUCUAUUGUUUCAUUGUCAUGUUUUAAGCAUGACUGGGUAUUUUUCUCUCAUUCUUCGUAUGUGCUCUUCACAGACUUCUGUUGCUUCUGGUAGAAAGUUUUACUGGUUUUGAAAUCUGUGCUGCAUAUAUUCUUGGUAGCCUUACCUUCCUCCUUUCUAGUAGUAUCUAAUUGGGUCCCUGUGCUUGGAGAAUUCUAGACUUAACUCCAGCCCACACAGGUGAGUGUUAAUUGGUGUGGAUCAAUCAUAUUGGUCUUUUCUCUUCAUCCAGUGAUUAGUGUAGGCUUGGACAUGUGACAUCAUCUGGCCAAUGAGAUGUCAGAGACAUCUGAAGAUAAUGGAGAUUGAAAGAGACAUUUGGGAAUUUGGGGUGAAGUUUUCCUUGUCUUAGAAAACAAAGAUAUGGGAGAUUUUCCCUUUGGAUGUUGUUUUGUCUUAAGACUGACAAUAUAUUGGGGCCAUGAGAGCAGCCAGACCGAGGACAAAACCAAUACACAAGGUCUGAGCCAAAUGAGUUGCAGGGAGUGGAACUAGGGCUCUAAUUAUGUUGUUUUCAUAGCUGUUUAACCUUUGGAUUUUUUGUUAUUGGAUUCAAUAAAUUUCCUUAUUUGUUUAAGCUA